UAAUAGUCUUGGCGUCAUAAAAAAAUGAAAUAGUUUAAUGCGAACUUACGCAUGCUGAUCAGUUACUGAAAAAGUCGUUGAGAAUUAAAUAUGGAUUUUUUAUUAUUAUCUCUUGGUUUAAUUUCGUUGCUCUUCAUUUUUAUUUACACUUAUUUAACCCAAAUUUACAACUAUUGGGAAAAAAAGGGAAUACCUUCUGUUGAAAAAUGUCUUCCAUUUGUCGGCAAUAUGGGAAAAGUGUUAGCUAUGCAAGAAGCUUUCUCCUCAUUAUGUGAAAAUAUAUACAAAAAAAAUCCCCAUAAAAGUAUGAUCGGUUUUUAUCAAAUGCUAACUCCAUCAUUAAUAGUUCGUGAUCCGGAACUUGUGAAAAAAGUUUUAAUCACAAAUUUUUCAUCCUUCGAAGACAAUCAAAUUGUACUUCAUCCAGAAUUGGAUCCAUUAUUAUCGAAAAAUCCAUUCUUCUCUCAAAAGGACACGUGGAAACAAAAUAGAACUGUUUUAACAAAUGGCUUUUCAUCAAGUAAAUUGAAAUUAAUGUUUACGUUGACACGUGAGGUAUCAUUCAAGUUCAAUAACUUUUUGAAAACUAAAUUAGAAAAUAUCAAUUCUUUUGAGUUUGAUUUAAAGAAAUUAUUCAGUUUGUAUACUGGGGAAAUUGUAUCAACUGUUGGAUUGGGAGUUGAAGGUGAUUGUUUCAAGGAGAAUUCAGAGUCUUUUGGAAAUGCUGUCACAUCAGUUUUUGAUAAUCCAGCAAUAAAUGGUGGUUUUGGUCAAGUUGCUGUCUUCUAUUUACCUCGUUUGGCAAAAUUUCUGAAAUACGGAAUUGUUUCUAAAGAAAUGGACAAAUUUAUGCGUGAAUCAGUGAUGAAGAUUAAAGAGACGACAAAGGGGGAAAAAAUUCCCCGUAACGAUUUUUUGCACAUUAUUUCGGAAAAUGAGAAGGAGAAAAUAAAUGCGGAUAAUUUAGCUUCUUAUAUGUUAGCAUUUAUUUUGGAUGCACACGAAACGACUAAUAUUACAUUAAGUUUUCUAGCUCUUCAAUUAGCAAUUUAUUCCGAUGUUCAGGAGAAAGUGAGACGAGAAAUUAUUUCAAUUGGUGCGAAAUGUGACGAGAAUUGGAAAUAUGAAACUUUGAAUGAAUUGGUUUAUUUGGAACAAGCUAUUUUUGAAUCAAUGCGAUUAAAUUCGGCUCUUGGAAGUUUAAUGAAAAUUUGUACUUCUAAAGUACAGUUAGAUGGAUUUGAUGGAUUAUCAUGUCAAGUGGAACCUGGAAAUAUAGUUGUUUUAUCUGUUCAUGGAUUGCAUAAGGAUCCUGAAUAUUGGCCCGAACCGGAAAAAUUCGAUCCUGAUAGAUUUAGCGAGGAGAAUAGAAAGGAUAGACACAAAUUUGUUUUUCUUCCAUUUGGCGAAGGACCUAGAAUGUGUUUGGGACGAAGAUUAGCAAUGAUGUCGAUGAAAAUGGGAAUAAUUGCAGUUUUAAGAAACUUUUCUUUAGAAUUAUCACCGAGAACGUGUCUUCCUCUUAAACCAGAUCCGACAAGUUUCUUUACAGCAGUUGACAGUAGUAUGUGGGUGAUAUUCAGACCUUUGAAAUAAUUCCAAUUGACAGUUGUUUCAAUUUUUAGAAUUGUUCGGAAAAGUAUUUUACUGUCUUUGUGAAGUGUUGUUAAUAAAAAAUAGUUCAUUAAAA